UGUGUUCCAUCUCGUUUGACCAUGCAACGCGGAGGGUGCUCUUCUCAUCAAAGAAAUGGUCUAGGCUCUCACGCAGCAAUGCAAGUUGAAGUUCAGCCCCUCCCCAAGCCAUCAGACUCGGGACUGUCGGCCAUCACUGAAGGCAAGCAUGGGGCGGCCAUGAAACCCAUUCGGGCCAGCCGUGGCCCCAGACCACGUAUGCAUGUGGGGAAAGUUACCGGACAGCAGGCUGAGAUUCUCCCAGGGUUAGCCCCAACUAAGCGGGUCACCGUUUUCGAGGGCCGACUCCUCAACGUUCCGGACAGAGCGCGCACCCAACCCGUGGACGUGUCAGAUUCUGAUGAUGACUCUGGCGCUUGGGAAGACCCGAAUUCUUGGUGGGGCCUCGACAAUAGCGGGAUAGUGAACCUCCCCCCUUGCGUCCAAGACGAGGACCUUGCCGUGGCACGCAGUCUGAUCGGUGCCGAGUGUUCAUCGAAAAUCCCGGAGGCUACUGAAGUACUGAGUGAUCCCCCGAUCCCUUAUUUUGGGGUCCAUAUCCGCUCUCUGGAGUUAGGGAUGGUUGUGCCUCUGCAUCCUUUUCUGGUUCGAUUUCUUCACUUCCUGGGUGUGGCACCGGGCCAACUGGCUCCGGCGGCUCACAUGUUCGUGGCAGCUUUCGUGGCGCGGUGCGAGGACGUGGGCCUCACUCCCACAAUCGAUUUGUUUUUUAGCUGCUUCCAGUGGCGCGCCUCCAGCUUUUUUGCCUCAGUCUCCCAGAGGCCAGUGAGCAAGCUAUUCCGGUCGGGUUACCCUGACUCAGGUAGCCGAUGGAAGAAGAGGUGGAUCUGGGUGUCUGACCCUACCCUUCCAUCACCUCCUUUCCAGUGGGGUGAGCGGCUCCGGAAGUGUGAUCGGGUCGCCCUUUCCCCUGAUCUCAAGUCAUCCAUCGAGGUGUUGUCCGCAGGCGGCCCCCGCUCCAUCAGCUCAUACUUAGGUGAUCGUCACUCCCUCAGUUUAGGUUUGGCUAUUUUGUAUUUCACCUUACUCAUCCUCACAUUUUCUUCCGCAGAUGUGCCCGAUAGGCCUGAGAAACAUAUCGCCGGUGCCGAAUCCGAUGAUGAUGACGAAGAAGCCCAGCCAUUCAUCGCUCGUGUAGCUCCCACGGCCACCAAUGAAAAAGAGCAUGGAGCUCCCCCAAACCUUGUAGCACAGAUUCCGAGGAGGGUGAGGGUCACCUUUGGGCCUCAGCCUGCCGCACCAGCGAAGAAGAAACAGAAGAGGGAUAUUGUUGAUUUACUGGUCGAAUUGGAUGAGUCUGAUGACGAGGAGGUGGAGCCUCACUUAGCCACUGCUCCUGUGGCCCCCCAGGUCGCUGCGGGGACAGGGCACGGAGCCCCCCCGGGCCGAGAGGGGCAUGUUUUGGAAGGGGCGACUGUCACCCCGGAAUUCCAAUCUGCUGGGCAGGCGCAUGAAGAUGCUGGUGAGAAGAUGGCUGAGCGGGUUAGAUGCGACACUCAGCACACAGUUGCUUACACAUUCCCAUCUCCGGGUGCCUCGAUCAUGCACGAGGGCUUCCCGGUUGUGGACUAUGCCUCAGCGAUCUUACCGCCGGGUGACCUUGCACGUAUGACCUCACAGGGGUUUCAGCCUCUCCUGGAGGAUUCCAUUCGGACCCAUGUUGAUGGACUUGCUAAGACCAUUGGGGCACUUUGGGCAGCCAACCAUUCUCAGGCAAAGCUCCAGCGUGAGGUUGAUGAAGUUAGAGCCGCCCUACAGGCUAGGGAGAAAGCUUUCUCCGAGUUGCAACUUUUGCAUGCAAGAGAGCGUGAAGAAGUGGCCAAGAAAGCGAUUCUCGAGUUCAAGGCCUCCGACGAAUUCCAGAAAACCAUAUCUGACAGGGUGGAAGCAAAGGAAUCUGACUUAGUAAAUAAAUGGCUGAAGACUGACGAGGGGGAGUACUGGCAUGCUCGUGAAGUUCUGUACGCCUUUCAGUGUGGCAAAUACUUGACGCAGCGUAAAUUGUAUGAUCAGUUGGAGGGUCUCGGCCCUGACUUCUAUCCAUCCGUGCUAGGCCUUCCUGUCCGCAUGAAGAAACCUGAGGCUGCAAUAGCCCUCUUGCCCCCAGGAGUCUACCGCCAGGAGGAGGAGUCCGGUAACUCGAACGAAUGGUGCUGGUUCUUUCCAAGACCUUCGGAGGACAUGGUCCCCCUUGCAUCCGGUCAGCAGGAGGGAGCUCAAGAGUCCGGCCAAGACUUGGUUGCCAUGUUAGAUGAGAUUCCCGAGGCCAAUGGCAAUGGGCAUGUCCUGCCAUGACUUUGUAUUUUGCAUUUUCCUUGUCUUCC